AUGACCCAAUCUCCCGAGGUCCACUACCUCGCUACCACCAACACCGUCCUUCCAAGAUGUAGGCUCCCUCUCCAUCUCUCUAACCUGCAGACCUCAAAUCUGGAAGAAGCCUCAAGAUUUGGCCUGAUUGACGCUCCCCUCCGCCUGCGACGGGCGAUCCACGCAAACGACGCGCUCCUCGUGAAGCGCAUCAUCAAAUCCCAUCCAAAGCUCCUCCACAACCCAGACACAUCACCCGAGGGCCUGUCCAACUCGAACCUGCACCUCGCCGCCUCAUUGGGCCACCUGCCUAUCGUCAAGCUCCUCAUCUCCCUCGGCCACGAGGCCGACCUGCCCGCCCUCAACGAUGACUUCCAAACUGCGCUGAUGCUCGCCUCCUCCGCGGGCCACACCGAGAUCGUCCACUUCCUGAGCCAACACGACCCCGACUCGAUCCUGCGACGCGACAUUAGGGGUCGAGAUGCCAUCAUGGAGGCGAGCCGCGGCGGGCACGACACGGUGCUGCAGAUCCUCCUGACUUACGUGCCGUGCGGGCCCGAGCAGGCGGUCCGGAAUAGCGAUCUGGAGGGCAAUACGGCGCUGCAUUUUGCCAGCAGUAAUGGCAACCUGCUCGUGCUGCGGACCUUACUGGCGGCGGGUGCUGAUGCCGAGAGAAGAAACGUGUGGAGCUGGACUGCCGUUGCGUACAGCGCUACCGUCGAGGCCGAGGUCUACCUGAAGCGGCUUGUUGCUGAGGCUGAAGCUAAGAGGAAGCUCAAGCAGCAAGCCGAAGAGCUCAGGAGAAACGAGGUCCUAAAGGGCGGGCUGCGCAUCGUGGCAGAGACUAAUGAUUGA